GGAGGCACUGGAGCGUGUGCGCUACUAUCCCGCGCCCUGGGCGGCCGCCCGGCCCCGCCCAGGGUCACAGAGCUGCCGGCCUCUCGGCUGCCGCCGGGUUGGAGAUGGAGGCGGGAGCACGCGGCGGCGGGGCGCGGGGCUUCCCGUGCCCAGCCCCGGGAACUCCCUCGGGUCCAAGGUGUGCUCGGAGUGAGGAUGUGCUCGGGCCUCUGCGUUUGCUGUCCGGCUGUGGGGUGUACCAACAAACACACCAUAGGAGCUUUGUGGAUUCAAAGGAUUUGCUUUCGCUUCUGAAAGAGCCGCUAUUCUUUGAUGAUUGGGUAGCGGCAAACUUCAAAGCCAUAAAUCUUCCCUCUGACUGGCUGGCGGCCCAGCAAAGUCCUUAUCAAAUUCUUGGAGCCAGCGGCCCGCAAGCCGUAGCCAUGGCCGCCGUGGCCGUCCUCCGGAACGACUCUCUGCAAGCCUUCCUCCAGGACCGCACCCCCAGCGCCUCCCCGGACCUGGGCAAGCAUUCGCCCCUGGCGCUGCUAGCCGCCACCUGUAGCCGUAUCGGCCAGCCGGGCGCCACGGCGCCCCCGGAUUUCCUGCAGGUGUCCUACGACCCCGCGCUGGGCUCGCCCUCCCGGCUCUUUCACCCGUGGACCGCUGACAUGCCGGCGCACUCGCCCGGCGCGCUGCCGCCCCCGCACCCCAGCCUGGGGCUGACACCACAGAAAACGCACCUGCAGCCGUCCUUCGGGGCGGCGCACGAGCUGCCGCUUACACCCCCUGCCGACCCCUCGUACCCCUACGAGUUCUCGCCGGUCAAGAUGCUGCCCUCGAGCAUGGCGGCGCUGCCCGCCAGCUGCGCGCCCGCCUACGUGCCCUACGCGGCCCAGGCCGCGCUGCCCCCCGGCUACUCCAACUUGCUGCCCCCGCCGCCGCCGCCACCGCCGCCCACGUGCCGCCAGCUGUCCCCCAACUCGGCCCCCGACGACCUCCCGUGGUGGAGUAUCCCGCAGGCCGGCAGCGGUCCGGGAACCUCGGGGGUUCCAGGGGGCAGCCUCUCUGGCCCCUGCGCCGGGGGCCCCCACGCGCCGCGCUUCCCCGCUUCGGCGGCCGCCGCUGCAGCCGCCGCCGCCGCGCUGCAGCGGGGCCUGGUGUUGGGCCCGUCGGACUUCGCGCAGUACCAGAGCCAAAUCGCUGCGCUGCUGCAAACCAAGGCCCCCCUGGCGGCCACGGCCAGGAGGUGCCGCCGCUGCCGCUGCCCCAACUGCCAAGCGGCGGGCGGCGCCCCGGAGGCAGAGCCGGGCAAGAAGAAGCAGCAUGUGUGCCACGUGCCGGGCUGCGGCAAGGUGUACGGCAAGACGUCGCACCUGAAGGCGCACCUGCGCUGGCACACGGGCGAGCGGCCCUUCGUGUGCAACUGGCUCUUCUGCGGUAAGAGCUUCACUCGCUCGGACGAGCUGCAGCGGCACCUGCGGACUCACACGGGCGAGAAGCGCUUCGCCUGCCCCGAGUGCGGCAAGCGCUUCAUGCGCAGCGACCACCUCGCCAAGCACGUCAAGACGCACCAGAAUAAGAAGCUCAAAGUUGCUGAGGCUGGAGUAAAGCGGGAGGACCCGCGGGACCUGUAAGCCCACCUGGGGGCCACCUCUCCCGCCUCGGGUUCCCUACCCAGCACCUCUUCGGGGAGGUUCGGGGGUGGGGGGUGCUGUGGGCAGCCGGCCAAGGGGAGACCCAACAGAGGCACUUGCCCCUUCCUGCUCGCCCGCCUCCCAGAGCGACGCCAGGCCUCCAGCUUCCUGGCCGGCCUGCGGACGGGACCCUGCAUCCGGGAGGAGCAGGGGUGGUAGAGAUGAGAGCUCGGCGCCAGGAAAACGAGGCUCUGAACCAUUUCCCCCCAAUCUGGGAGACCUGCAUUUAGGGGGACCCACCCUGGGCUGACCUUUGUGUAUAGCAGACGCUACUGAAAUCAAAACGGAAGGACCUUGAGAGAUUUGAAAUAGUGCUCGAGUUUUUUGCUAGGACUGGGCCGGGCUCUGUACAGGUUAUUUAAUAGCUUUCUUAAUAAUUAUAAUAACAUUAAUUAAAAUGUUACUUUUGUCCUCAGCUCCAUGCAGAGCUACAGCAUGAAUUGUCUCUGUAAAGCAAUCAGCAGUUGCAGCGUGAAAAUAAAUACGUUAACUCCGGGGUCACCUCGGCAAGACCCCGCUGAGCCUGUCUCACUUGAUCUUUUCUUCUUCCGGGAGGCUUUACAAAGCGGUCAGGUUUCGCCAGGAAUUUGAAGGCUCCUGUGGGCUGCCUCUGUCCGAGGCUUCUUUGGUUUGGAAGGUUCUGGGCACGUAAGUUGGGCGCAAAGAUGCGAAAAGUAGGAGAGCAGGGUCAGUUUUGUGGUUAAGAGGUUAGGGUAAGAUUUUCCCAUCACACCUUGAGUUUCUCGCGCGGCCUUAGGACUUGACCGGAGACUGUCGGGCUUCUUUUAAAAGUUGAUACCUGCUGGACGUACAGUACGCGAUCUUUUUA